UCUACUCGAUCGAUUAUUUUCAAUGGGUAAAUAUUGCAAUGUUAAAAAUAAUCAAUUUUGUGGUAUUAGUUCAAUUCGUGAACAGACAACGAAAACAAGAGACAAUGGAUUCUGUAAUCAUUGCUAUCAUAGUCGUUGUUGUAAAUCCAAAUCUAAUGAUAUGAACGAUGAUAAUUGUCAUCGGAAAUGUCCACCACCAUAUGAUGUAUUAUGUUUUUAUCUUAAACGUUGGUAUUCACGUUUAGCCAUUAUUUUUGGUUAUAUUGCUAUCAUAUUGAUAUCGUUAAUAUUGUUAAUAUGUGCUGGUUUUUUUACAAAACAUUCAUGAUGAAAAUAUUUUUGCCUACUUAUUACCUACUUAUAUACUACUUGACAUAAAUUAAAAUUAAAAUAUGUUUA